GGGCGACGAGAAGCUGUUCCCACAAUUCCAUAGCAGCAGAGGAGAUGGUGGCCAGCGGUGGCACCGACAGCCAUGCCGUUGAUGCUGCUUCUGCGGCACCUGCAGGUGACCAGAAGAAGCUGGAUGCCGGAGCUCUUUUUGUUCUCCAGUCCAAAGGCUCAUGGCUGCACUGCGCCUACCAUCUCACCACCUCCAUCGUCUCCCCGGCGCUGCUCAGCCUCCCCUUGGCGUUCGCGUCGCUCGGGUGGGCGUCGGCCGUGGCGUGCCUCGUCAUGGGCGCCGCCGUCACAUUCUACUCCUACAACCUCCUCUCCCUCGUUCUCGAGCACCACGAUCAGCUCGGCCGCCGCCAACUGCGAUUCAGGGACAUGGCCCACGACAUCCUCGGGCCAAAAUGGGGUCGUUACUAUGUUGCCCCAAUUCAGUUCACAAUAUGCUUUUCUACAGUUUUUGGUGUAGGCCUACUGGGAGGACAAAGCUUGAAGUCCAUAUACCUGAUUGCAAGGCCGGAAGGCACGAUGAAAUUUUAUGAGUUCGUGGCCAUCUUCGGGGUAUUCAUGAUGGUCCUGGCGCAGAUCCCCUCCUUCCACUCCCUCAGGCAUGUCAACCUCAUCUCUCUAGUGCUCUGCUUGGCGUACAGUGCAUGUGCCACUGCAGGUUCCAUUCAUGCAGGACACUCGGCUGGUGCACCACCGAGAGACUACUCUCUUUCAAGUGAUAGCCAAGACCGUAUCUUCGGCAUAUUCAGUGGCAUUGCAAUCAUCGCAACCACCUACGGCAAUGGUAUCAUUCCAGAGAUACAGGCAACAGCAGCUCGUCCUGUAACAGGAAAGAUGUUCAAAGGCCUUUGUCUCAGCUACGUGAUCGUGAUAAUGACAUUCUUCAGUGUGGCAAUAUCGGGGUACUGGGCAUUUGGCAACCAAGCUGAAGGCUCCAUCCUUGCCAACUUCAUUCUGAAGAACAGCUCAACUUUAGUUCCAAAGUGGUUCCUCGUGAUGACCAAUUUGUUUGUUCUUCUCCAACUAGCUGCUGUAGGAGUGGUAUACUUGCAGCCAUCAAAUGAGAUACUUGAGGGGUUGUUUGCUGACCCAACCAAGGAUCAAUACUCUGCGCGGAACAUUGUGCCAAGGCUCAUCUUCCGGUCACUAUCCAUCGCCAUAGCAACUCUCAUAGCAGCGAUGCUCCCUUUCUUUGGUGCCUUCAAUGCAGCCAUUGGUGCUUUUGGGUUCCUGCCCCUUGAUUUUGCAGUGCCAUCAGUUAUGUACAACAUCACCUUCAAACCUUCAAAGAGAGGCCUGCUUUUUUGGUUGAACACCACCAUAGCCAUAGUAUUCUCGAUACUGUCAGUGCUGGGUUCCAUUUCUGCAGUGCGGCAGAUCGUUCUGGAUGCCAAGACCUAUAAACUUUUUGCUAAUGUAUGAAACCCAUGAACCUGUCAUAGUAA